CCCUUUGUAAAUAAAUACCUUCCAUGACCUGCUGGACCUGCCCGGCCACCUCACUUGGAGCUGCCCAGCAAGGAAGAGCAUGUCAGGCGGCUGGAGCUUUGCCUUUGCACUCUGCGUUUUAGAAAUAAGUGCCCUGGCUGCCGAUCCUACUCCCAGUAAUGUCCCAGAGACGGAAGAAAGGAGUAUCUCCCCAUCACCCAUAGACUGCAGAAUGAGCUCCUGGAGUGAAUGGUCACAAUGUGAUCCUUGCCUCAGACAAAUGUUUCGUUCAAGGAGCAUUGAGGUGUUUGGACAAUUUAAGGGGAGAAGCUGCACUGACUCCCUUGGAGACAGACGACAGUGUGUGCCCACUGAGCCCUGUGACAAGGUGGAGGAGGAGGACUGCGGAAACGACUUUAAAUGUGGUACAGGCAGAUGCAUAAAGAGGCGACUUCUGUGUAAUGGUGACAACGACUGUGGAGACUUUUCCGAUGAGGAUGAUUGUCAAAGUGACCCCCGUCCCCCUUGCCGCGACAGAGUGGUGGAAGAGUCUGAGCUGGCACGGACAGCGGGCUAUGGAAUCAACGUUUUAGGGAUGGAGCCCCUAACCACACCUUUUGACAAUGAGUUCUACAAUGGGAUCUGUAGCAGGGAUCGGGAUGGAAACACUUUGACAUAUUACCGAAGACCCUGGAACGUGGCUUCUCUGAUGUAUGAAACCAAAGCUGAUAAAAAUUUCAGAACUGAACAUUAUGAAGAACAGAUUCAAGCAUUUCAAAGUAUCUUCGAAGAGAAGACAUCAAAUUUUAAUGCAAAUUUAGCUCUAAAAUUCACACCCACUGAAAUAAACAAAGAUAAAUCUGAAGAAGCUUCUAAUAACAAAACAUCCUCAAAUUCUGAAUAUUCCCGGGGUAAUUUUCAAUUUUCAUAUUCCAAAAAUGAAACUUACAAACUACUCUCAUUAUAUUCUUCAAAGAAGGAAAAACUGUUUCUCCAUGUGAAAGGAGUAAUUCAUCUAGGAAGAUUUGUAAUGAGAAGUCGAGAUGUUGUACUGACAACAACUUUCUUGGAUGACAUAAAAGCUUUGCCAACUACCUAUGCAAAGGGAGAAUAUUUUGGCUUCUUGGAAACCUAUGGAACCCACUAUAGUAGCUCUGGGUCACUAGGAGGACUCUAUGAGCUAAUCUAUGUUUUGGAUAAAGCUUCUAUGAACAGGAAAGGUGUUGAACUAAGAGAUAUAAAAAGAUGCCUUGGGUAUCAUCUGGAUUUGUCUCUGGCCUUGUCUGAAAUCUCAGCUAAAGCUAACAUCAGUAAAACUGAUUGUUUAAAGAGGGGUGAAGGUAGAACUGUAAACAUCAGCAAAGAAAACCUCAUAGAUGAUGUUAUCUCCCUCAUAAGAGGUGGAACCAGAAAUUACGCUUAUGAACUGAAGGAAAAACUCCUCAGAGAAGCCAGGAUUGAUGUGACUGACUUUGUCAAAUGGGCCUCUUCUGUAAACGAUGCUCCAGUACUCAUUACUCAAAAACUAUCUCCUAUAUAUAAUCUGGUUCCAGUGAAAAUAAAAGAUGCACACCUAAAGAAACAAAAUUUGGAAAGAGCCAUUGGAGAUUAUGUCAAUGAAUUCAGUGAGAGAAAUUGCCACCCAUGCAAAAAUGGAGGCACUGUGGUUCUUCUGGAUGGACAGUGUUUGUGUUCCUGCCCAUUCACAUUUGAGGGACUGGCCUGCGAAAUCACCAAACAAAGACUUUAAGGACAAAUUAUCAUUAACAAAAUGACAAGAGUAGUAGCCAGCUCCAUGAGGAUGUGCAUCAGUUAAAUCUGUCCUGGACACCCAGUGAGGCUCAAGGAUCAUGACUUGGAUUCUGCUUCUGAGACGACUAAGGAAGAAGGAAAAAGGGAAGAGGAAGCCGUGAGACGAAAACAGCACAACCUGACAGAUCAGCAGAGCCUCCUGACUUCCCAGGGUCCCAAGGAGAGGGCAGAUAAUGACCAAAAUAAUAAAAGAAAAUAAGCAAAGUAA